GAUGGCGUUGAUGGCGAUUGUCAUAUUGUGAAAUUCAUAACAACAGUGCGGUGUAGCAAGCAAUUUCCGUGAUUUUUUGUUAUUCUUAAGUUUUCUCCACUUCAAUUAAAUUUGAAAUUUUCACAAACAAAAGUCGCUCAAUUAAGUCACCAUGGAUGAUGAAGCCGAAACAUAUAAACUCUGGAGAAUUCGGAAAACAGUUAUGCAGUUGAGUCAUGACAGAGGUUAUCUCGUAACGCAAGAUGAAUUGGAUCAAACAUUGGAACAGUUCAAAGAACAAUUUGGUGACAAGCCCAGCGAAAAACGUCCUGCUCGUUCCGAUUUAAUCGUACUGGUUGCACACAAUGACGAUCCAACAGAUCAAAUGUUUGUUUUCUUUCCCGACGAACCGAAAAUCGGCAUCAAAACUAUCAAAACAUACUGCACCCGAAUGCAGGAAGAGAACAUCCAUCGAGCAAUUGUCGUUGUUCAGGGCGGUAUGACUCCAUCGGCCAAACAGUCCUUGGUGGACAUGGCACCGAAAUAUAUCUUAGAACAAUUCCUCGAAUCUGAGUUGCUGAUCAACAUUACGGAGCAUGAAUUGGUACCUGAGCAUGUUGUUAUGACCCCCGAAGAGAAACAGGAAUUAUUGCAACGAUACAAGUUAAAGGAAAAUAUGCUCAUGCGAAUUCAAGCUGGUGAUCCGGUGGCUAGAUACUUUGGAUUGAAAAGAGGACAAGUUGUCAAAAUUAUCCGGCCAUCGGAAACAGCUGGCAGAUACAUUUCGUAUCGAUUGGUUUGCUGAAUAUUCCAAUGUUGUAUACUAAAGUUAGAGAAUUAAAGACGAAAACUCGAGAAUUGGAAGUCGUUUUUAAGAAAAGA